CUCCGCAUCCAGCGUGCAAAGGAACAGCCUGAAAAACGAAAACUGAAAUUCAACAGCACCCGACGUCAACCAGCCACGCGCCCAGCCUUUUCCUUUUGCCCAUGACACAAGACGCCCCAUCGGAGCCCUCGGGCACGGAGAAGCCCACCGACAUGGAAGCGUCGGUAACCCAGCCAGCGACGGGGGCGGAAAGCAGCCAGCCAGCCAAGGGAUUCCGGUUCUGGGCCGUCAUGGUGGCUCUCGCAGCCGGAAAGCUGAUGCUGGCGCUCGAGAUCACCAUCAUAUCCACAGCGAUGCCGACGAUUGCGAGCGCGCUGAACAUGGGUGGCGAGUAUGUGUGGGCGUCCAACGGGGCGGCGCUUGCGAGCGCGGCAAUAUCCCCACCCCUGGGCCAACUGUCGGACCUGUUUGGGCGGCGCAUCCCCACCGGGCUCUCGUUCCUGGUGUUUGUGGGCGGCGGCAUCCUCUCGGGGGCGGCAACCACGCCGGCGCAGCUGAUUGCCGGCCGCGUGGUCAUGGGCCUGGGCUCGGGCGGCAUCAACGUGAUGGCGGCCAUCGUGGUGUCGGACCUGGUGCCCGUGCGCGUCCGCGGCAACUACAUGGCCAUCAUGCUGGCGGCGUACCUGCUGGGCGCGACCGGCGGCCCGCUGCUCGGCGGCGUGCUGGCCCAGGCCGGCCGGUGGCGCUGGGUGUUUUGGCUGCCCGUGCCCUUUGGCGUGGCCAGCCUGGUGCUGCUGGCCCUGUUCCUCCGGGGCAGCGUCCGGGACCCCCACGUCGCCUGGCGCCGCAAGCUCGCCGCCGUCGACUACGCCGGCAACGCCGUCCUGACCGCCGCCACCACCGCCAUGCUCUACGCCAUCACCUACGCCGGCCCCGACCGGCCCUGGUCCGACCCGCGCACCCUCGGGCCCCUGCUCGCCGGCGCCGCGGGCCUGGCCGCCUUUGUGCUGCUGCAGCACCGCCUCGGGCGCGGCGAUGCGGCGGCCGUCCAGCCCGUCAUGCCGCUGCGGCUGGUGGCGCAGCGCGCGGGCGCCACCGUCGCGGUCGGGGCCUUUGUCAGCAGCCUGCUGUCGGGCUGGGUCAACUUUCUGCUGCCCGUGUACUUCCAGGGCGUGCUGGGCUCGACGCCCUCGCGCGCCGGCGUGCAGAUGCUGCCCAUCGUCACGGUGGCCGUGCCCGCCAGCAUCGCCUCGGUGGUCCUGGUCAGCCGCCUCGGCCGCUACAAGCUCCUGCACGUGGCCGGGUUCGCCGGCAUGUGCCUGGCCUGCGGGCUCUUUAGCAUCCUGGGGAGCGCCUCGGGGGACGCCGAGUGGGCCGGCUACGAGGUCGUCUUCUCGCUGGCCCUGGGCAUGGUCAUCAACACCCUGCUGCCGGCGUUCCAGGGCGCCGUGGCCGAGAAGGACCAGGCCCUGGCCACGAGCACCUUUACCUUUGUCCAGAGCCUCGCGGGCAUCUGGGCCGUGACCAUCCCGGCUGCCGUUUUCAAUAAUCGUUUCGAUGCGCUGUCGGGAAACAUCACCAACGAGGCCGUCAGGGCGCAGCUGGGCGGCGGGAGGGCGUAUGGUUCUGCCACGCGCGCCUUUUUGACGCAGCUGGACGAGGCGACCAGGGCAGAGGUGCUUGGUGUUUUCCAAGCCGCCGUGAGCUUUGUUUGGUACAUUGCCGUUGCGGUUGGUGGACUCGGAGUCCUGGUGGCUUGCGCCGAGAGGGAGAUUGUACUGCGUGAAGAGCUAGAGACGGACUUUGCACUCGAGGAAGUUCAGGCAAGCAACGUGGAGGACAAGAGUCCAAGAUAGUAACGGGUUCAUGCACAAAAGUCAAGUCUUGAGUAUACCAUACCAGUCGCACAAGAGCUAAAGACUCUAGAACUAGUUCUAGACAAAAAAGUCCAUCCUACUGCUCGCCAUCCUUCAAGGGAAUCCUCUCACCCUCACCCCUCAAAAGUCCCCAAUUGU